GUAGUGCAUGCACUCCUGCGCGUGCGUGGCGGAAGUCACCUGUCCCCCUCGGUAAGGGCAGAAAGAGAGAAGGUGGCGAUCUAUUCCAUUCUUCUCUUUCCUGUUGAACGAUGCCUAGGAGGUACUGAUAACACCUCCAAGAGCAUGUAUUGAUAUCCUGAGUGGAGUGGAGCUGGAGGUGUUGAUAACAGCUUUGAGAUCAAAACUUAUUCGAGUACAUGCCUUGAUCUUUCAACGAUUUUUACAGGGUUUUCCUUGGUAAUCGUUGGAGUCUGUGGAUCAAGUCGGCGCGCAUUUGCGAAAGGAGUCUGCGAGACACAUAAAAUUUCACACAGAGAGAGAGAGAGAGAGAGAGAGAGAGAGAGAGAGAGAGAGAGAGAGAGAGAGAGAGAGAACGUAGACGGGAUGCCGGCGCAAUUUAAGGUACCGAAUAUUCCAUACAACGAAGAUGGGUGGGGGCCGACGCACAUACCUGAGCAGUACAAGGACGUGCCGUACGCACCUUUCAGCAAGGGGGAUCGAUUAGGGAGAGCCUCGGACUGGACGAACUCGGGGUUCCGCGGGCGGUUCGGAGACCGAGGCGGCCCCGGCGGCGUGAACUCCUACUUCAACUUUUUCUACGUGGAUGACGAGGAGUCGUUCCAUCUGGUGGACACGCGGCAGGCUCCUCGCCCGAGGUACGGACCCCGACGGUUCCAGAGGUUCCAGCGUCGGGAUCGCGACGAGGGGAGGAAGGAUGGCGGGCGCGACACGGCGACGGAGAGGGAGAGGCACCGACGCGAGCGCGCGCAGCAGCUCCGCCGCGGGCAGUGGAACGCGUAUUGGCAGAACAGGGACCAGCCGCGCGCCGUGUUCGCAAGCUCGGUGGACAUCCGACCCGAGUGGACGAUGCUGGAGCAGAUCCCCUUCACGGCCAUCACGAAGCUGAGCCAGACCGUCGGCGAGCCCGAGGACAUCACGACCUGCGGCGCGCUGGAGUAUUACGACAAGGCGAUGGACCGCAUCACGCCGAAGACGGAGCGGUCGCUCGAGAGGGCUGAGAACAAGCAGUUCUUCCGGGUCACCACCACGGACGAUCCUAUCAUCCGACGGCUGGCGAGCGAGGACAUCGGGAGCGUGUUCGCUACGGACGCGAUCCUUUCCACGCUGAUGUGCGCGACUCGAUCCGUGUACUCGUGGGACGUGGUGGUGCAGCGCGUGGGCACCAAGCUGUUCUUCGACAAACGCGACGGCGCCUUUGACCUGCUGACGGUCAACGAGACGUCCCAGGAGCCCCCGCCGGAGGACAAGGACAGCAUCAACUCCGUCACCGCGCUGAGCGAGGAGGCGACCUUCAUCAACCAGAAUUUCUCCCAGCAGGCACUGCUCAAGGACGGCAGGCGCUUCACCUUUGAGGAGCCUAACCCAUUCGCUGCCCCCGAGGAUGAAGUGGCCUCCGCCGCUUAUAGGUAUAGGAAGUGGAAGCUAGAUAACGACAUCACGCUGGUGGCUCGGUGCGAGGUGGACGCUGUGAGCGAGGUCAAGGGUCAGGAGGUGCUCCUCACGGUCAAAGCGUUGAACGAGUUUGACUCGAAGGCGUCGGGCGUUGACUGGCGGCAGAAGCUGGAGAACCAGAGGGGAGCCGUGCUCGCCACGGAGCUGAAGAACAACGCCAACAAGCUGGCCAAGUGGACGACUCAGGCCCUUCUCGCCGGCGCGGAGCAGAUGAAGCUCGGCUAUGUCUCCAGGGUUCAUCCCCGGGACAAGUACAACCACGUCAUCCUGGGGAUCCAGGGAUACAAGCCCAAGGACUUCGCGAUGCAGAUCAACCUCAGCGUGAACAACAUGUGGGGUAUCCUCAAGUACCUGGUGGACAUGUGCAUGAAGCUCAAUGAAGGCAAGUACCUUAUCGUCAAGGAUCCCAACAAGCAGGUGAUCAGACUGUACGAGGUGCCGACCGAUGCAUUUGAGAACGACUACGCGGAAGAACCCCUGCCUGAGGAGGACCAGGUCGCCGUCGAAGCCGAAGCCAAUGUCGAAGUCAUGGAGAAAGAGGAGGACACCGAGAUCUGAUCCUUGGCGGCAUGAAGCCGUCUCUUUUCCCGUUUAACCUUCAUUUUCCUCAUUUUUAGUCUUUUCUUCUGUCUAACUUGUGUUGGAUUUCGAUGGCUCUAUGAUGCAGGUGUGUGUGUGUGUGUGUGUGUGUGUGUGAGAGAGAGAGAGAGAGAGAGAGAGAGAGAGAGAGAGAGAGAGAGAAAGAAAGAGAGAGAGAUCUAUGAUGCAGGAAGCAAUCACCUUGUCUUAGGAAGAGGUGUUUGUAAGACUUUCUGGUUAUUUUCUUAGUUUGCUGCGGCCACUUUCUUCAUUCCUGUCCUCUGACGCACAGGAGGCGAAGGUGGGGCACGCUGGGCGAGACAAAGGGGUCAUUCUCGUAGAGGAGGGAAGAGGUGAAUGGUGUACAAGUUUUUGUCGUUGGUGAUGUCCGUCGAGUAUUCCAGAGGUGAGCGGCCCAGCAGGAUGGUCGGUAUUUUUUUACUCCUAGAUCGGAUCUUUUAUGUAACGUAUUUUUUGCAGUUUGGAAGGAAGAAUUUGCUCUCAGAAAUUUGAAGACAUAAGGGCUGUUUCUAUCCUCCUUAGAUUUAGCAUUUGAUAAUAGUGAUAUAUUGGUUUGUUUGCUUUCUCAAGGAGGGAGGGUGGGGAAUAAAUCGUCCCCUCUCCCCCUCCUUUCACCUCUUUUCUCUCUCCUUUCCUCUGCGUUCUUUAUAGUAGCAGCAGGGAGUAAGAGGUGUGCCUGCCUUUCUCUCCUGGAGAUUUUUUUUUUUUUUUUUUUUUGAAAAAAAAAAGCAAAAUAGGGUGAUGGACGUGGUAUGUCGUUGCCCAGUUGAUCGGCCCCUGGUAUUUGUAACGAGUUCAGUUAAUAGAUUUCAUCUGGACUCGAACUCAGGUCUGUAUUUCAACAGGUCAUGGGUGUACCAACACUGAG